AUGUCUCCCACCCAAAUCAUGACUAGGCCUUGCCGUUCGCCAUUCCAGAUGGACGGAACAACAGAGACGUACUUUAUGAGGUACCCUGGAUCAGGUGAUUCCCCAUCGACUCCCGCCGCAGAGCCGCUGCCCACAAAGGAACAGCUCCUCGAGCUCUGCGACUCAGUCCGGACUUCCCUCCGCCACUCAAAGAGCCUCGGUCCUCACGCGGAUCGGAUCCAAAGCCUCCUGGAGAGGGCCCUCAAGAACGAGCUGAAUCACACCCAAUCUCUCGACUUUGAGACCCUCCAGUACGCCCGCCUAGACAGGCUUCUCGUCGACGUCCUCGAUCCGGCCCACCGGCCCAGUCCGCUCCCGCUCCGCUUCCGCGCCGACAUGGCCUUGUGCGAGAGCUUGCAAAAGAUGUGGCGGGCCCGCUUCCGCGACCAGUACUUCUCCCUCGACCAGGCCCGCCAGCGUAGCCUGUCCAACGGCGGCGAGAUGCGCGACAUCCAAUUCACCGCGUCCGGCAUGGACCCCCUCGAGUCCUGGGCCGUCAGCAACAGCUGCCGCGACCCCAUCUCGGAACUGGAGGGAAACCAGCAGUUCGAGCCCGGCCACUGGUGGCUGAACCUCGCCUGCGCGCACCGCGACGGCGUCAUCGGCACAGCCGUCGAGAAGCCCACAAAGGGAAAAUACGGCGUCACCGCCCUACCCCUCCUCACCGGACGCGAGGAGCACAUCCGCGGCAACCUCUACCGCUACGUCCGCGAGGGCCGGCUCUCCGACAUGCACGUCUCCCUCCUCACCCGCGUCGGCACCCAGAUCCGCAUCCUCCGCGGCUACCGCCUCAAGAGCACGCUCGCGCCCCAAGCCGGCGUGCGCUACGACGGCCUGUACACGAUCCGCCAGUACGGCAACAAGCUCGACGCCGCCACGGAUAAAUACCGCCUCGAGCUCCUCCUCGAGCGCGUCGACGGCCAAAAGAGCCUCGACGAGGUGCAGCAGGUGCCCUCGCCCUCCCAGCUGGACGACUGGCACGCCUUUAAGAAGGUCGAGGCCGAGAUGGUGCGCCAGCGCAAGGGCGACGACGGCCUCCUCGACUUCAAGAUGCGCAAGGAGGAGGAGCGCAUCGAUCGCGAGCACUGGCGGCGCGCGAGCGAGUUCAAGGCCUCGCUGGGAGCAGAGGGCUGCGGGCUGGGGUUAAUCAUGUCUGUUUGA